CGGCGGUCAGCAAAAGCCUCAGCAUAACACCACGAAGAAAGCCUUCUUGCCGCCUACAGUGCAUGUAAGGAGAAGGCGUUGGCGGCGGCGCGGCGUAAAUUACAGCGCCUCCCGUCUCUACGCGGCACGUAUCAGGCGCCCGUCUUCGGCGCCGGCUGCACGGUCACAGCCAGAGCGAUUGCCGUGGUGAGCUAACGGAGCGCUUCAACGCUUGAAGCCUGCGAGUAAGUCGCCAGCUUGGAAGCAUUGCUUGAAGCAAGCCUUGAUCCCCCAGUCGCUGCGACUGGCAAAUGCAGUGCCUCCCACCAGCAUUUUCCUCCAUCAAAGUUAAUAGUAAGCCGAUUGGCUCAGUGCUCUCCAGCUUCGGGCUGCCAUUGCGGCCACCAACAGCGGAAGAUACCGCGUCAAACGGCGCUUGGCGAGAGUAUCUGCCUCGAGCGGCGCGGGAAGCAGGCUCUGGAGGUACCUUGGGAUACGGGACGUGUCACGAGCUCCGCUAGCGCUUCGCUGCAGGCACUUAAAGCGAGGGUACCGACCACCAAGGCGGCGAAACGAUUGCAUGGCUUCGGAGGCCAGGGAACCAGUGCAACGACAACAGCUUCCAUGCGGUACAGUAUUUGGUGACGGUAACAGCUCGGACGGUCUCGAGGUCCUCGACGAUGAGGACAUUUGUGCGCUUCGUCAAUGCAGAGUCGCCCACGACUCGUGCGAACCUCGGAGGCCGCCACCGUGGCAGCCACGUUCGACUCCACGUUGAAGUGCUUUCCGGGAAAGCGAUCCACACUGAGAAUCAGCUCCGUUAUCCGUAUUGUUGGCAUAGGGCAAGUGGCGACGUUCAUAUGUAGCGAGGAUGAGCGGUCCAACCUGAACUCCAGGUCUCCAACGAGCCGAGUGGAGACCCGACGGUGUUUAGACGGCGGCGUGAUUGGAUUGCCCCAGCUGUACAGCUCUUCAACGCUAACCGGGCUCUUCUAUCGCCGCGCACUCAUGAUCAGAUCGCGCGCACAGGCACCGUCGCAAGAUAUGUGAAGUCGCCAAAGCCGGGCAGCAAAUGCCGUUUGUGCGAAGAAGACAGCGGCAGCCGUUUGGUGAAACGCAUCCCCACGCUUCUUUAGUCGCGCAACAUGCAACUUGAUUCAUGUAUGGCAUUCACGAGUAGGGCCAUUUUGCGAUGCAUUUCACAGACACCUUUCCGAGUCGGUCUCGUGUGUAGUAGUAGCCCAGCAGUACGAAUCAACUAAGCCU